AUGAGGAUCGAAAGCUGGAAUAAGCUCGACCAGAAGCUGUUUGACGCGGUUGAGAAGGGGGACGUCAUCCGGACAGCCCUCUUUGCCUCGAGGAAGACGGCCCACCCCACCAAGCUCAACGCCCUGGGACAAUCUGCGUUCCAUCUGGCAGCUUCCAAGGGCCUCACGGAAUGCCUCACCAUCCUGCUCACCCAGGGGGCUGAUGUAAAUGAUAAGAACGAGGACGGCAGCACAGCCCUGCACCUCGCCACCAUCGCUUGCCAGCCCCAGUGCGUCAAAGUCCUCCUUCAGUAUGGAGCAAACGAGGACUGCAUGGAUGGGGAGAAUCGUACGCCACUACAUUGGGCUGCUUCAUCUGGUUGUGCCUCAAGUGUCCUGCUUCUUUGCGACCAAGAAGCCUUCCUUGAUGUCACGGAUAAGAAUGACCGGACACCCCUGAUGAUCGCGGCUCAGGGGAACCAUACGGCCAUCUGCUCUCAGCUGCUCCAGAGGGGCGCCAAGGUCGACCUCCCGGAUAAGGAUGGCAAGACGGCUCUCAUCCUUGCCUGUGAAAAUGGGGGUGUGGAGGCAGCUGACCUUCUCCUGCAGAACGGUGCCAAUGUGGCUUUAACAGACAAGACCGACCACGAUGCCCUGUAUUAUGCCACACGGAGCAAGAAUCGGAUUCUCCGGAGACAGAUCCGCACUGCCUUGAAGCGAUGGAAAAAACGAGAACUGGGACUGUUCGAUUCGUCAGAAACCGGUUCACAGGUGCCCUCAGAGAGCGGGAAGGACACUGACGUGAGUAGCCUGGCCUUCCAGAGCGAGGCAGGAGACCAGAGUGACGACGAAGAAGAGGCGGAGGAAGGGUCCGAGUUACGGGAGUGGCGGAGCAGAUUCCGGGAGGAAAAGAUGAAAGUCAUCCAGCUGGAACUGGAGCUGGACCAAAGGACCAAAGACUGCCAGCUCUUCUCCAAGGACUGCCAGCUCUUGAAGGAGAAGGUCUGGGACCAAGUACAGGAGAUCAGCCAGCUCCUGCCGGAUCGGGAGGGACGUAGCCGUGACUGGCGGCUGCUGAGCCGGGAUCUCACGGAGGGGGACCACUGCCUGGACCUUCUGGCCCAGCAGGUCCAAGAGCUGAAGGAGAGGAAGAAGCAGCAGGAAGCAGAGAAGGAGCUGCCCAAAGCUUCAACGCAAGGGGUGACCAGUCCCGCUAAGCUCCAGCCGGGGACGGCCCGGUGGCCCGGCGAGGAAGAGGCGGAGGAGCUGAAGCGCCUGCAGAGCGAGCUGGAGGCAGCCCUUGAGGGGAAGGCCACGGCGGCCCGGCGGGUGGAGGAGAUGGAGGGGCACAUGGAGAACAUGAGGGCCGUCAUCGGGGUCUUUGAAGCCAAGAAGAAGUCGCAGAACGCGGCCCUCAAGGAGAUGGAGGCUCGGACGCAGCAGCUGGGCGAAGAGAACCGAAAGCUGCGGGGGCUUCUGGGGAAACACCUGGCCGGGGCCCCCGAGAGCGGCCUUGCCCAGACAAAGGUGGCCCAGUGCAUUAAGGAGAUGGAAGAGACCCAGUUCAAGGCCCGGGAGGAGAUGGUGGCCAUGCUGGCUGAAAAUGAAGACCUGAAAAAGGAAGCCGAGGAGGCCGUCCGCAGCAGGUUGCAGUUCCAAGCGGUGCCGUCUGGCGCAGUCAAGAAAUGCGUCGCGGCCUGGAAGAAGGUAGUCACCGGCCUGGAAGGGGCACUGGCUAAGCUGGAAGAGGCCUCUUCUGCCCUCCUGGACAAAGCCCGUCCUCUCCAAGAAGCCAUUUUGGAGCCUCCUUCCAAAACCUUGGUCAACGGCAACGGUCUUCCUGAAGAAGAGAAGAAUGGCCACCCGCCGGCCCGCUCGGAGACCCUGGAGGAGCUGCAGAAAAGUGAGGUAGAAAAGGCCCAGAUCCAUAAUGGUCUUGUGGGGCAGGUGAAGCUCAGGCCGAAACCUGAGGGGGUGGAAAACAAGGCCCGUCCAUGCCGGAGAAGCUCCGAUCUGGAGAAGGAGGUGUGGGACCUCAAGCAGAGCAACGGCGGCCUGGCCCAGGAGUUGGCCCAGCUGAGCAGGGAAAGGGAGAAGCUCCAGGAACAGCUCCAGAAGUUACACGGCCCCUCCGAGGGUUAUCCUCGGGUCGAGAAGACCGAGCGCCUGGUGGACGAGUUGAAACGGGCGGUGGAGGUCUUGUCCGAGGAGCUCUCGCUGGAGAAAGAGGAAUCGGGCAAGCUGCGCCUGAAGCUGCAGGAGCAGAGGAAGGAGGUGGCGUUUGUGAGGAACAACUUCCUCAAGAAGGUGAGCCAAGAGGCCGGCGGCAUCGUUGGCGACAACCUGGACAGCUGCAUCUUGAAGGAGCUCCACUGGAAGCUGGACAACGUGGUGAGGAAGCAGAAUGAGGCCUUGCAGCUGGUCUCCGAGAUGGAGGAGGAGAACCGGGCCUUGGAGGUCGACCGCAACCUCCCGCUUGACCCCAGGAGCCCCGACGAUGGCAAAACCGGCCAAGACAUCUUCUUGGAGGCCUCCGAGGUCAUCGGAGAAAACUGGAAGGUCCGAGAACAGAUGGUAGAACUGGAGAAAGGCUUGCAGGAGAUGAAGAAGCUGCUGGUGGCAUCUCAGGUGACCCAAGGAGGCCUCAAAGCGGCCAGCCUGAUGCAGCUCCUGGACCGAGUCCUGGCCCAGAUGGCCGACCUGCGCGGCGAGGAGGAGCAGGUCCUCGGCAAGUACGAGAAGAUCUGCAGCAUGCUGUCCACCAGGGCUCAGGUCCUGGGGGAGGAGCUGGCGGCUCUCCGAGAGAAAUACGAGGAAGCCAAUGGAGCAUCUGCCCGUCACAAGGACGCCCUGGAACGCGAGCUGCGGAAGACUCAAGAGCUCAUGGCCGAAGCUCUGGAGCACGAGGAGGAAGUGGAAGAGCUGAGAGGGAAGUCCCAGAAGUUGGAGAGCACGGUGGACAAGCUGAACAAGAAGGUGGACGAUAUCGCCAAGAUGUGCCAGGAGAGAGACGGCAAGAUCAAGAAGUUGCUGAAGGAAACGGAGAAGCUCUCGAGCGAAAUCUUGAACCUACGGAGCGAACGCACACGGCUGAUCCUGCAGAACGAGGUUGCGCAAAAGAACCACCAAGAGAUCGUGUCUAUAUACAGGACUCACCUGCUCAAUGCUGCUCAGGGCUACAUGGAUGAAGAGGUCCACGCCAUGCUGUUGCGGAUCCUGAGGACCGACUGAAGUCCAGAAAACCCUGUGGCGAGAAACCAGCUGCCGAUUCUCCCAGGAGCCGGCUCCGAUUUCGGGUAUCGCCCGUUGCGCAAAACCACGCAGGAAGGGUACAACUUUGCACACAAGACCGUCUGCCUUUUUGCCAGUCGCUGGAAUCAUGAAUGCGAAAUCCAUUUUGCACGGUGUCUGAAUGUCCGACUCGCUCUUUAAACCGGGGGUCAGCAACCGUAAACACUCAACCGGAAGCCCCGCGUUAAAUUCUGAAGCCGACUGGAAGUCCGGUUCCCCCACCAUAGAGUCUCCU